UAAUAUUCACACUUUUCUUAAGGAAAUUCACAUAUUUCAUAAUAGUGAAAAACAAUAUAGCGUUAGAUGUGUUGUAAUUUCAAAGGGAACCAUAAUGAAUUGCACAUUAUUGUUAUUGUUAUUAUUAUCAUUAUUAUUUUGUAUUAAGAAGAUCAAAUUCUUCACAUUACAGCCCUUAACCUGGUUAACAGCUCCCAUUGUUUUUAAGUGUAGUCUUGUGAGUGGUAACACUGUCCUUCAAGAUUUAAUCCCGUUAGCCCAGUGCUGCCGCAAUCCUAAUCCACACAGAUUGCUGAAGUCCACUCUGAAUGGUCUCAAUCCCCACGGAAUGCCCAACCACUGCUAAACAUUCAGGAUGUUUAACUGGGUGGUGAAGGUCGUGCCACAUCCUCCCGAUACACAAGAGGAUCUGAGGGAGGAAGCAAUCACUGCGAAUGGAAAAACAUCGAAUCGAGACAAGUUCAGUUCAGCCAAAACAGGCAGGGAGGAAGACCAGUCAUCUCAAACCUCAAAGGACAGUGUUCAGAGUGGUAUGUUGAACUGGAUCUCCAACGGUUUCGUAAGCGCACUGCCCCAACCUGCAGGGAGUCCUCUUCUUACGAGAGCCAACCCUGAUGCUAAAUCACUUCAGGAUGAAGGUUCUAUGGACAGGGCUGGAGUCAUUGGCUGGAUCUCACAAGGAAUUGGAAAGGUGGUCCCGCAGCCCGAUGAGAAAUACAUACAGGACCAGACUCUAGAAUCUGAAGUCACAGAGGUUUAUGAGACAAAGGAACUUCCAGAUCAGGAGCCUUUGGCACAUAUACCAGUAGUAGAGCUGGUGUCAGAAGACGAGUCGGAGGUGGAACCAGCUGCUCAGUUCCCUCCUAAUGUAAUGACCUGGAUAAAGAGCGGCUUCCAGAACGCUAUACCGCAACAUGUGACCAGACCCCCAAAUUCCAGUUCUUCCACCCCGAGGUCAUCACAGUGCUCAAACAAAGUUUAUUCACCUCCUCCAGAGUCGAUAACCAGCGUGACGGAGAUCGAGUCAAAAACAUCCCCCAGUAUGGUAGGCUGGAUUGUUCAGGGUCUUGGUCUUUCAAUGCCACAAGCGGUGCUUAAAAACAAAGAAGGAUGUCUGGAGGCCGGGAAGAUUGUGCAAAAUGGCAGUGCUCGGUCAGCUCCUGCAGACCUUGUUCUUCAGGAGAUUGACUCUGAAGAUGAGGCUCAAGAAGAAACAUGUUCAGCAACAAACUCACUGCCAAAUUCACAACCUCAGUCCCAACCACAAACACCUUGGUCACCGGAACAAUCUCUUCCACUGAGUGUCACCACACCUUCACAAGCACACAUAGAACUGGAGGACGCAGAGACCCAAACUGCACGAUGGACACCCUUGAUCGAGAACAUCAGGAGAGAGGCAGAGGACACCGCCAUAUUAAUUAUGGAGGAACGGUGGAUACAGGAGCGUCUGGUGAUGGCUCGAAUGGCAGAAGAGGUGGCACGGCAGACAGCAGAGAUGGCUGUCAGGGAGUUGGCACAGGCCCGGUUUGGUAUUCAAACCAUUGCAGAAGAGCCAGAAGACGUUGAUCAAGAAUUACAAGUGCUGCACGAAGAGGAAAGUGAUAUAGAAGUCAUACGAAAUCAAAUUGCAGAGUGUCAAGUACCUUCAGUUAAGGAGUUUCUUCCUGAAGGACAAGAGGCAGAGGCUGUAGACACUUCGUUCACAGUUCAAACCCCUGUGGAGGAGUUCAAGUCCUCUUCACCUCUACUGGAGGAACCAGGGCCUGAAUCUGAACCUGAGCCAGAGCCUGAGGAGCUUCAAGAGAAGGAGGAGCCCAGGGACUCCGGUGAAGAAGAAGAAGAAGAAGAACCUGAGCCGAUCACUCAGCAACCUCAGUCCAUCACCAGCACCUCUGUCUCAAGAACUGAUUCACAGGUGGAGAGUACAGCUCCUGAAGAGGAAAGCAGUGUCCCCUCCAGAUGUGAUGUGCUGAAGAGAUGUUUCAUGCGUGUACCAUAUGCGCCACAGGCCCUUGACAACUUCAACCAGUUCCUGAAAGACAUUGACGUCACUUUGCCCAAAGUGCCUUCCAUGCCCAAUCUGCCCCCUGCUCUCUCUCAAAUCACCCAACAGCUGCCGUCACUCCCUCCUCAACUGGCACAGCUACCGCAGCAAAUUUCCCAGCGAUUCUCCAAAAUCACCCCACAGUUCCCAAACCAGACGCUUUUUAGUGCUCCUCAUUUUCCCAGCUUCCCCGUGCAGUUAUCCAGCCUCCCACACCAGCUGUCCAACAUUCCGCAACAAAUUUCAAACCUCCCGCAAAAGGUAUCCAGCCUUUCACAAAGACUGACCAGCCGUCCACGGUUUUCCAUCCUUCCACAAAAGGUCUCCAACAUUCCGCAACAACUCUCCAGCAUUCCAAAAAAAAUAUCCGACAUUCCACAAAAGAUAACCAGCAUUCCACAGAAGAUAUCCAACAUUCCACAGUGUGCCCAGCAGUGCUACUCUAACAUUCAGAGCCGUCUCAACAAACUUAAACCGGAGCAGGAUGCCCAAGGAGCAACCGCAAAGAGUAGGGAUCUGGAGUUGGACCGUCUCGUCCACCAGUCCCCACUGCAUUCCCCCCGUACCCCUUCACCCUCUUCCCCAAGCUCCGUCCUAGACUUACCCAAUGUACCCUCUUACCCCCGUCUGCCACCCAUCACCCCUUCCAGGCAGUUGUCAGGUGUCUACAACCCUGCCUUCCACAUUGAGGAUGACCCCACCUCUGCUAGACCCUCAGUGAGCUCCAGACUGAGUGUGCACCCGGCCGUGAAUGUCGAAGAUGUUGACUCAGACCGAGGGAAAGGAGGAAGACGAUCUCGCCCCAUACCACCAAUAAUAAACCCACAGGACCCUAACCUCAAAACCCUCACCGUCCCUGGUGCCCGUAAAGCCAAUCGGACCAGUGUAUGCAGAGACAGAAAACAACAGACAAUUUGGACCAAGAUCAAAAGACUUUACUCACAAGAUGAUGAGGAAGAAGAGGAGUUAGAAACUGCAGUCCGGGCCUGGCCAAGCCAGAGUAGCAUCUCAAGUGCAGAUGAUGGGCUAAAUCAGCGGCCAUCCUCUUCAGCCAGCCAAACUAGUACUGUAGUAAAUGAGAGGUUACAGGAGCUGGUCAAGCUGUUCAAAGAGAGAACCGAGCGAGUCAAAGAGAAGCUGAUUGAUCCAGAUAACUCGGAUGAUGAAACACCACCUGCCUCCCCAGCUAAGCAAGCUCCAGCUCCUCCUCCUCCUCCUCCUGAACCUCCAGCAGAGCAGAAAUCAGAGCAGGAGGUACCCGAGGCCUCUGACGAGAAAGAAGAGGAGAAAACAAAGGUCCUGUGCUGUAAAGUGAAACCUCAGUCUAAGAUUGGUCGGCUUCUGCAGUACCGUUUUCCAUCCAGCAUCGACCCCUUCACCAAUCUGAUCUACGUACUAUGGCUGUUUUGCGUGUCUUUGGCGUUUAACUGGAACGCAUGGAUGAUUCCUGUACGUUGGGCAUUUCCAUAUCAAACACCAGAAAACAUCCAUGUUUGGCUGUUGAUUGACUACUUAUGUGAUUCCAUUUACAUACUGGACAUCCUGGCCUUUCAACCCAGACUACAGUUUGUGCGUCAUGGAGACCUUGUGACCGGCAAGAAAGAGAUGAGAGAUAAUUACAUCAAAGCUGUGCGAUUCAAGCUGGAUGUGGUCAGUCUACUUCCUCUGGAGCUCCUUUACUUCAAAACAGGGAUUAAUCCACUUCUUCGAUUACCCAGGAUUAUGAAGUUCAUGUCUUUCUUUGAGUUCAACAAGCGUCUGGAAGCUAUACUGACCAACGCUUACGUUUACAGAGUUAUUCGAACCACCACCUACUUGCUGUAUGCCGUCCACUGCAAUGCAUGUCUGUACUACUGGGGCUCUUCAUAUCAAGGUCUGGGUUUCUCAGAUUGGACCUAUGAUGGGACAGGCAAUAGUUAUUUUCGCUGCUACUACUUUGCUGUGAAGACUUUGCUGACCAUUGGUGGUCUGCCAGGACCCACAACACUUUUUGAGAUUGUGUUUCAGCUCAUCAAUUACUUUAUUGGAGUGUUUGUGUUCUCCAUCAUGAUUGGUCAGAUGAGAGACGUUGUUGGUGCAGCGACUGCGGCUCAGACAAACUAUCGUGCCUGUGUGGAUAACACGGUGAAGUACAUGGCCUCCUACCGCAUCCCUAAAGAUGUGCAGAACAGAGUGAAAACCUGGUACAGCUACACGUGGCAGUCCCAAGGCAUGCUGGAUGAACAAGAGCUAUUAGAUCAACUACCUGACAAGAUGAGGCUGGAUAUAGCAGUGGACGUCAGCUACAACAUUAUAAGUAAAGUGCCACUAUUCCAGGGCUGUGAUAGACAGAUGAUCUUUGACAUGCUGAAGAGGCUCAGAUCAGUAGUGUACCUUCCAGGAGACUAUGUCUGCAAGAAGGAUGAAGUGGGUCGUGAGAUGUACAUUAUAAAGGCAGGGGAAGUCCAGGUAGUUGGUGGUCCCGAUGGAAAGACAGUGUUUGUGACCCUGAAAGCAGGAGCUGUGUUUGGAGAGGUCAGCUUGCUUGCUGUGGGUGGAGUAAACCGGCGGACAGCUAAUGUUGUGGCGCGUGGUUUUGCUAACCUCCUCAUCUUGACCAAAAGGGACCUGAAUGAGAUCCUGGUGCACUAUCCAGAGUCCCAGAAACUACUGCGCAAGAAAGCCAGGAAAAUGGUGAUGAAGGAUAAAAAGCCUGCUGAAAAGAAAGAGGAAGAAAAGGAGCUCAUUCCGAUUAUUCCUCCUCGAGCCGAGACGCCUAAACUGUUAAAAGCUGCGCUGGAGAUGACAGAGAAAACAGGAAUGAAAGGAACAUGGUCCAAACUUAAGGACAGGAGCAACAGAUCAAGUGUCUCCUUGCAGCACUCCAUCUCUUCCUCUGCGGCGCCCAACUCUCCAGUCCAUGAAGUGCACUCAGAUCAAGACGCAGAUACUCUGUCUCAGAUAUCAGACAGUUCAAUGCAAAUUCCCACGACCCCCACCAGCGCUGGAGACAGGAAUGCAUUUACUGAAGAGGGCCCAGCAGAGGAGGAAAUAGAAAAGAAGUAAUCAGGUGGCAAAUAAUGCAGCUAUGAAAUAACCCAGACAGCUGAGAAAUCAUUUGCAGGACUCUGUUGUGCUCCAGUGUUUUGCUUCUGAAAUGGGUCAUGAGGUCAGGUACGGUCAGUGAACUCAGGAAUGCACAUUUCGUUCUCAUUCAGAAUCUAAAUUAAUGAUAUACAGUAAUAAGCAGAAUAUAACUUCUCAUACAUCAAUAAGCAUAUCAGGUAACACUUUAGAAUAAGGUUCCAUUAGUUA